CUAUCUUAAUAUUUCAUCGGUCUAACCGUCGUCAUUCGUUUCCAAUAAACAACCACCCUCCACGCCUAUACAUAAUUAAUCAACCCAACCAACUUCCCCCCAACGACAAUCAAGAUGCGUUUCGCUAUUACCACCGCUGCUCUCGUCGCCGGCGCUGCCGCUGCUGAGUAUGGCUACGGCUAUCCUCCCGCUGUUCCCCAGAACAGCACCAGUGUUGCUGCCCCCGUCUACACUCCUCCUGCGGAGUACGUGACCAUCACCACCUCCGAGUACGUCACCUACUGCACGGGCUCCACCGAGGUCGAGGUUGGCACCAAGACCUACACCGUCACCGAGGCCACCACCCUCACCGUCCCUUGCCAACACACUUGCGUCGUCAAGACCUACCCCACCGCUCCCGUUGAGACCCCCAAGGCUCCGGAGUAUUCGGCUCCCGCUGCUCCCUACCCUACCGGCCCUGCUCCCGCUCCUUACCCCGUUCAUUCCACUGGUGGUGCUCCCGUUUAUCCCACCGGUGGCGUUACUGUUUAUCCCACUGGUGGUGCUCCCGUCCCCUCCAAACCCGCUGACUUUGAGGUAAGUCGACUGCUCCCUUUACCCACUCAGAAUUCGACUAAUUCAUGAAAUAGGGUGCUGCUACCAAGCAGACUGUUGGCCUUCUCGCCGUUGUCGGUGCUCUUGCCGCCUUCUUGUAGAUCGGCAUUGCGAGAGGUGAACUGAAAUGAGCAUCUGGUCAUCCACGCUCAUCUCAAGUCGCGGAAA